AAUCAAAAUCCACCAUGUUACGUUAUUUUUUCCCACACAUCCAAAAAAUAAAAAAUAAAAACUCUCUCUCUCUCUCUGUCUGUUUCUCCGUUCCUCCGUUUGUAAAUCUUUCGCUACCAAAAACCCUGUUUUCCGCAACGAACCUCUUCGUUUUCGCAGCUUUCCCAAAACGUGGAUCACCAGAGCUUAUUCAUGUCUUCCAAACUUUAAUCUCCCACAAGACAAAAUACUGAAAAAUUAAAUUAACGAGGAGAAAUUGCUUCGCUUUUGUUUUUCUUAUUUCAAAACCCUAAUUUCCGACAUCCAAUUCUCCGAUUUCGAUUGUGAAUUAGGGUUUUAAUGGAGCAGCAUGACAAGGACUCGUCUGCGGUGGCCAUAUCCAAGACCCCCAAUUCGAUCCAGAAUUCGAUUCAGGUUCUAAACGGGCCGUCCUUGGCCCACUCCGCCUGGUUCGAAAUCCGAUUGUUCUACGUCCGGGUCGCGCCGUGCGUGAUCGAUAGUGUUCCCGACCACCUCACGCUCCGUCACCUCCGCCGAGAAAUUGGCGUAUCGCUUGAAAUCAACGGGACCAAAGUUCCGGCUUCGGACUCGGCCUCGCUCACGCUCCGGCGCGAUCGGGUUGACAAGGAAUCGUCGGAGGUCACGUAUGUGAGCACCGACAGCGUUCGGGUCACCGGCCCGGUCGAAUUCGAGGUGUAUGAGAACAAUGACAUGGUUCUGUGUGGGUCUCUGGAGCGAAUGGAGGGUGUUUGGCUCAAUGGAAAUGCCGGGGGAUUGAAGAAUGAUUCGAAAACGGGUUGGAGUAUGGAUUGUUAUAUGGCUGCGUCAAUCAAUUCGGGUUCUUCCGCCUUUUUUCGGCCGAAACUCGGACUUUCGUCGCCGUCCAUCGAGGUUUAUAUCGCCGGAUGUUGCUCCGGCGUGCCGGUCAUCUUGACAAAGACGAUACAGAUUAGCCCGAGGCGGAAGGGCACCCGUCACGCCAUGCUGGAUGCGAUUCCAGAGGAUGAGGAGGUUGGGAAGGAGCACGGCGAGAGCUGUAAUGGGUUGGUUCGCCAUCGGAAAGUUCAGAUCACAGAACCUGAAAUCGAUGAGUAUGAGUCAGAAGGGAAAAUUGGACAUCAUUUCUACUCUGAUGACAUGUACACUGGUGAAGAUGGCCAACUCACAUGGUUUAAUGCUGGUGUUAGAGUUGGUGUUGGAAUUGGCCUCGGGAUGUGCCUUGGGAUAGGGAUUGGUGUUGGACUGCUCAUGCGUUCCUAUCAAGCGACUACCAGUAAUUUCAGGAGGAGGUUUCUCUGAACUGGAUAAUUGGGAAUGCCUUUGGUGAAAUCAAGGGGAAACAGGAAUAAUGAAAUAUUUAAAGAUUGUGGAAGAGGAAGUGAGAACGGCAUAAAAUCGGUAACAUAAAUCUGUUGAGCACGAGAUUUUGUAGUUGGAUUGGAAGUUUUGUACAGUUGUUUCUGUUUAAUAGUUUUAUGUUUACAUAAAGUUUUUCAAAGGAUGCCAAAGUUCUUCAUUUCACUCCCAAGGCUGGUUACUGGACCACUGAAAUGUUGUUUGAAUGAAACAUAGACACUGUCACAGUGCGGAUUUGCCUUGGUCCUUUUGAAACAGUUCAGCCUUCAGAGAGAGGAAAAUGCAAUAAACUUUGAAGAUCUGAUGGAGCUGUAGGUACAAUAACAUGACUUGUCUAGCGGCCGGCAUAAGCUUGUAUGAGGUUCGACUCUACUUUGAUGAAGAUGUAUGUAUUUGUCUAUUUUUUCAUAUGUUGUAGAAAGUUUUGCUGUCUUUGGAGUUCGUUGGGAAGUUCAUAACAUGGAUGUUUUUGUAGAUAGUGCACUGUUUCUUCACUUGUUUUGAAUUGUAAUGUUUUUUUUCUCUUUCUCACUCCUCCAUUCUAUUAAAUAAAAUUCAGUGCGAGCAAGCAGUGGGCAUGCUGUUGAUGAAGUAAUGAUAUAAUUCCCUAUUGUCCUGUA